AUGGCUCAACUUGUGCGGCAAGCCCACUGGGACGCGCAGGUGGCUGUCAGCGACUACCAUGACAAGAUCGCCGUCCAGAAUCUGGAGGUUGUCGUCCAUGCUGGCAAAGACGUCUGGGGCCGGCCCAAGAAGCAGCGAGCCCAGGUCAGCGUAACUCUGACCUUGGGAAGCCACUUUGCUUCCGCAGCGGCGACCGACUCUGUCGACCAUAGCACGGUGCAUUAUGGCCUACUCAGCAAAGCCAUCCAGGCAGAGCUCGCGGAUACCGCCUCCGAAUGGAUGUCUACCGCCGCCCUUUCCGCCCGUAUCCUCCAGAGCGUGUGCGAAGUGGCAGGCUCGACAGUCCUAUACGCAAUCGAGACCGACGUCUGCUACCCCAAGGGUAGUAUGCUCGGAGAUGGCGCAGGCCAUAUCACAUCGACCAUCCAGGACGGGCCCAGCCAGGCCACCACAUUACACUCCAGCGUGCUCUACCUGCGGAAUGUUCGCAUUCCUUGUGUCAUUGGUGUCAAUGCGAAUGAAAGACUGCAGAAGCAGCCAGUCGUGUUGAAUGUGUGGAUUGACAGGAUCCCAGACUCACGAGUCGACGAUUACACAGAACUGGAAACACUGUUGAUCGAGCUCGUUUCCGAGACUUCAUUCCAGACCAUUGAAAGCUUACUUGCAUGGCUGAUGGACGAGCUCAGACAAAAGUUCUUCACAAGGGACGAAUAUCAAGAGGCUUGGGUCAGACUGAGGAUCGCAAAGCCUCUGGCAGUUCCCUUUGCCGAGGCGCCUGCGGUCGAGAUUGUGCGUCCAGUGCGUUCCCGUUGA